UAAUCCAAACAAAACAAACAAACAUGUUGACAAAACUCACUUGCAGACUGUGUUUUCAAAGAGUUUCACGAAUCAAGAAGGGCUUCUGUAGCAAGGUCCCAAAGACACCAAUAUGGGAAGAAGUGGACCACACAAGAAUUCCAAAUGUUCCACAAAUAGAUCAAGAGAUGAUAAACCAUUUAGAAAGGGUUUCCUUGGUUGAGUUUAAUAAUCAGGCAGGGAUCGAGAGGUUGUCAAAAGCUAUAGAAUCAGCUAAUAAAUUACAUAUGGUCAACACAGAUGGAAUUGAACCCAUGGAAUCUGUAUUAGAAGACAGGAUGUUGUAUUUGAGAGAAGAUAAAGUUACAGAUGGGAAGUGUAAACAAGACGUCCUUAGUAAUGCUGUUAAAACAAUAGAGGAUUACUUUGUUGCUCCACCAGGAAAUAUUCCACUGAAGACAAAAGAGAGAGACUAUGGAAGCAAUUCAGAGGGAAGCUGAUAUGAUGAAUGAUAAAACCUUAGGCAACAGUUGAUUGUGACAUGCAGUGUCUGUGUAGUUUACUGAGUUGAUGAAGUCUGACAUCCUGGAUUUAUGUAGUCCAUUUUCCUGUGACAUAAUUUACGUUCAUCUUUUUAUGCAACUGCAAGGACUUCAUAUUUGUAUCAAAACAUA